GAACGCAAAUUGCAAACGAUGUGAUAUCAGGAGAAAAUUUUAAAUCAGCCUUUAAAACCAGAUCUAAAGAAAGUGGAAAAAAAUUAGCAAGGAAAGCAGUUCAAAAAGCAGAUGAGAUGAUUGGUCACGGAAAGUUUAAAAGGAAACGCAAAUCUCCCAAACGCUUCAUUUCGUCUAAAGCCAGGAAAGUGCAAAGACGUGACAUUUUCAACUCAUAAUGGCUUUCCUCUUAAAAGAUUCUCCAGAAUGCGCCAAAUCUGAACUCGAUUUAUUUACAUUACCUCCAACCCAAACAGUUAUAGAAAGAGGACAAUGGAUAGAAUUUCAUCCCCUUGCGAAUGUGUCGGAUGGAAGUCCUGUCGAAUUCAAUGUCGCGGGUAGUGGCGAUGACUAUUUGGAUUUAUCUCAAACUCAGUUAUACGUCAAAGUUAAAAUUUUGAAAAGCAAUGGCGGCUCUCUCGGAAAAGAUGAUAAAGUGGGACCCGUGAAUUUGUUUCUGCACUCCCUCUUUUCUCAAGUUGAUAUAAGCUUAAAUGAAAGACUUAUUUCCUCCAGCAAUAACACGUACCCUUACAGAGCCAUCAUAGAAAAAUUACUUAAUCAUGGUUUUGAUACGAAAACUUCUCAAUUAUCAUCAGAAUUAUAUUUUAAAGAUACAGCAGGCCGUAUGAAUGUUUUUGAUACUGCGGAUAAGCAACCUAAUGAGGGAUUCAAUAAAAGAGCAGAAGAAUUUAAACUUAGUGCUACAGUGGAUAUGAUUGGACGGCUACAUCUAGAUAUGUUUCAUCAAGAAAGACUUUUGUUGAACAUGGUCGAUAUGAAAAUUAAACUUAUCCGCAGCAAACCGGAAUUUUGUUUACUGGGGGAGGGGAAUUUUAAAGUGUCAUUGGAACAUGCCUCAUUAUUUGUACGCAAAGUUCGAGUCAGUCCAGGUGUAAUUUUAGGGCAUGCAAAAAGUUUAGAAAAAGCGACAGCGAAAUAUCCUAUCAACCGAGUGCUUUGCAAAGUGUAUUCCAUUCCAUCAGGAAAUAUGAGUUUUGUUCAAGAUAGUAUUUUUACGGGCCAGAUGCCUAAACGCUUAAUUGUUGCUUGUGUCGAUAAUGAUGCUUUCAACGGAAACUAUAAAAAAUCUCCCUUCGAAUUUAAGCACAAUCAUAUCAAUUUUAUUGGCAUUUACGUAGAUGGGCAACCUAUGCCUCACAAUCCUCUUCAACCUGAUUUCAUGAAUAAAACCUUUAUUCGUGCUUAUCAGAAUUUAUUUGCCAAUGCAGAAAACCGAGGAUUGUAUCUUUCGAGAUCAGAGUAUCCAGAAGGAUACUGCUUAUUUCUUUUCGAUCUAUCACCUGACUUGUGUGAUGGUUCUCACUUGAAUUUAGUCCGUCAUAGUAAUUUGAGACUGGAGGUAAAAUUCGGUUUCCCUCUGCCAAUAACAACAUCGUUAAUAGUCUAUGCAGAAUUUGAAAACUUAAUAGAAAUCAAUAAAUCUAGAAAUAUUAUCUACGAUUUUGGUAACUAAUGAAUUCUUCAGAAAUUCAUAGAAUACUCUCUCAUGACAAAUGGACAGCAAAGUACUACACUGGAGUUUUCCCUUCAGAUAAAAUCCCAGAUGUUCAUCGUUUCCCAGCAGCUAUUGUAGUCAACACUGAUAAACACAACGAGAAAGGGACGCACUGGCUGGCUUUCUUCAUUGAAAAUAAUCAGACUUUAGAAUUUUUCGAUUCUUAUGGACUUCCUCCCAUGACUUAUGGUGAUGACAUAGCAAAAUUUACUAGCAAGUUUAACUGUGUGACAUGGAAUCAAGUUUCUCUUCAGAGUGUAACAUCAAAUGUUUGUGGACAAUAUUGUACUUAUUAUUUGUUAAAACGAUGUCAAGGAUUAUGUUUGGAAUCAAUUGUAUCUAAUCUUUCUGUAAGAAAUAGCGAUUUUCAUGUAUUUCAUUUUGUGAAGAAAAGGUAUGGUGUAAAAAUGAUUUUUAAGAAAUAAAAUAUUAAUUUGCUUGG